CCUGUUACCUUCUAUCUACCUUAUUAUCGACUUUUUGAUUGUCUCCUGCUCACGCUAACACAAAUUGUAUCUUGUCUAAUCUUCUCAUCUAUCCAGCCAACAGCGACGGAUAUACCAUGGCGCAUGAUACCCCUGAAAUGCAGUAUGAACAUAGCUCGAAUCUGAUUACUAUCUCUCGCCUCUCACAACAAGCGCCUCGAAUACUUGAACAGCACUCUCCAGGUGGUGAUGAUAUUCUAGUUGUGCCAUUUCUGAAACGCCAGUAUCAUGAGUCAUAUGAUCUCUUGGAGCAACUUGCUUUUGCAUGCUUACAAACAGGGGAUGAUAGAUCCGCUCUCUUGUGCAUUGAUAGACUAGCGAGCCGGUUUGGUUCUUCGAAUGACAAGUUGAUAGCAUUGCGGGGCUUACACGAAGAAGCUACUGCAGAAGAUCGCGCAGCUUUGGAGGAGUGUCUGCACAAAUACGACGCUAUACUGUUCAGGGACCCAGUUAACCUGCCAAUUUUAAAACGCCGAGUUGCACUUCUGCGUUCGCUGCAUAGACCAGUGGAGGCCAUUACGGGCUUGAUAAGACUUCUGGAUGCUGUUCCAACAGAUGCGGAGGCGUGGUGUGAACUCGCAGAUAUGUAUCAAUCUCAAGGGAUGAGUUCACAGGCAGUUUUCAGCCUCGAGGAGGCGCUGUUGAUUGUCCCGAACGCUUGGAAUGUACAUUGCCGGCUAGGAGAAGUCUUGUAUUCGUGCGCCAGUUCGACCGACGUAGGAAAUGCUUGUCAUCUUUUACGCAGAUCCAUUCGGUAUUUCUGUCGAAGUAUCGAACUCUGUGGCGAUUACUUGAGAGGCCUCUAUGGUCUGUUUAUCGCAACAUCACUCCUGCUCGAGAAAAAGACGGACUACCAAGAAGAGUCAUCAGUCUCCGCAAGUUCCAUAUCAACCGAUACGCUGAAAAGUCUCAACACAUUUGCAAGGAAUCGUCUCGAGGAAAUUGUGGCUCGACGUUCGUCAGAUCAUCACUUAUGGGAGCACGGUCAAGCUGAGCUUAUAGCCGUGAAGGAGCUUCUCGAUCGCUUCGGUCGCGCUAGCGAUUGA